UUGCCGCGGCCUGCGGUUGGAAGUUACUGGAGUCGGUGCUCCACUCUCAGGGUUCCCCCGACAGCAGGCGGCGGAGCAGGCUGAGGCAGCGGGGUUUGUUUUAGGACCAGCGGCUUUGAACCUGCGCGCCCGGCUCCAAGGGCAGGUGCGGUCUCCUGGCUUCCCGCAAGGUGCCCAGGGCUGCGAGUGUGGGGACUGCCCUUCACGGACGACCUCCGGGACGUGCAGGGUCGAAAAUAGGGAAAGUUGCCAAACCUUAGUGAGAGGACCUGGCUCUUGCACCUGCGAGGAUCGCUUAAUACGCACUUCGACCGUGAGGAAAGUAUUGCUUCCUCUGUUUACAGAGGAAGAAACAGGCUCAGAAAGAUACUAUUGUGUGAUCUAAAUCAGGCAAUGAAAUCUUCUGAAAGCUAAGAGCAGAAGCCUUUUUGGUCAACAUGGAGGACAAAAGACGGCGAGCUCGAGUGCAGGGAGCCUGGGCUGGUCCUGCUAAGAGCCAGGCCAUUGCUCAGCCAGCUACCACUACUGAGAACCGUCUCCCACAGAGACCUGGUCAGACCUGGAUGAACAAGGAGCGUCUGUCUGACAGACAGUUUGUGUUCAAAGAACCCCAGGAGGUGGUACGAAGAGCCCCAGAGCCAAGAGUGAUCGAUAAAGAAGGUGUGUAUGAAAUCAGCCUGUCACCCACAGGCAUAUCUAGGGUGUGUUUGUAUCCUGGCUUUGUUGACUUAAAAGAAGCCGACUGGGUAUUGGAACAGCUUUGUCGGGAGGUUCCCUGGAAACAGAGGACCGGCGUCAGAGAGGAUGUAACUUACCAGCAACCAAGACUUACAGCAUGGUAUGGAGAACUUCCUUACACUUACUCAAGAAUCACUAUGGAACCAAAUCCUCACUGGCAUCCUCUGUUGCUCAUGCUAAAGAACCAAAUUGAGCAGAACACUGGCCACACCUUCAACUCCUUGCUCUGCAAUCUUUACCGAAAUGAGAAGGACAGCGUGGACUGGCAUAGUGAUGACGAGCCCUCGCUGGGGAGGUGCCCCAUCAUUGCUUCACUCAGUUUUGGUGCCACACGUAUGUUUGAGAUGAGAAAGAAGCCCCCACCAGAAGAGAAUGGAGACUACACAUAUGUGGACAGAGUGAAGAUACCCUUGGAUCACGGGACCUUGUUAAUCAUGGAAGGAGCCACACAAGCAGACUGGCAGCAUCGAGUGCCCAAAGAGUACCACUCUAGAGAGCCAAGAAUAAACCUGACCUUUCGGACAGUUUAUCCUGACCCCCGAGGGGCGCGCUGGUGAUGGGAGAUCUUGGAGAGAGAAGCUGUGCUGAGACUGAACAAACCUGCCACCAUGAAGACACUUCCAGAGCUGGGCCAGCUGCUCUUGUGGUGUGGCUGUUUGGAAGAUGAGGAUGGGAUUUGCUUCCCAGCUUGGAGUCCUAUUGAAAGACAGCAGUUUGUGUUCAUAAUAUGUUUACUGUGGAAACAGUAAUCCCUAAUCACAUUUUGAAAUCACAUCUUUUCUUUAGGCAAAUUAAAAACUGCUGUGGCUGUGUUCGCAGAUGAUUUUGUCCAUAA